CCGGCCGCCAUCAUCGCCAUCGCCGCCGCCCCGCCCGCCGACCUCUCACCCGGGGCGGAGUCGGGCUGGGAGAGGCGGCGGCGCGUAGCUCGGGGGUCCGGCCGGUUCGGGCUGAGAUUCUGCCUACUUGCCGCUGAAACCUCCGAAAAGAUUUAGUUAGAAACCGGAUUAAGUAUUAAGGCCGGAGACCAUCUGCGAGCUGGGCCGGUAAAUCCCUGCAGCAGCACGGUGGGUGCUCGGAGCACGUCCCAAGGCUCAUCUGUUUUAAAUUCAUGUGAUAUAACAUAUCUUUAAUUUAUAAUAGUUUUUGAUGCCAGAAGAACACAGUCAAACUAUAAUGGCAGUUGACGAACUUCAAGCUAUAAUACAAAGAUGUCAAAUUCUGGAAGAAGCUGAUUUCAAAGGAGAAGAUUUUAAUCUGUUUCUGGUGGCAGGUCAGAAAUGUUUAGAAGAUGGCUAUGCAGCUCAGUUAUUAGAAGUAAUUCAAAAUGAGAAAAAUAAGGUUAUCAUCAAGAAUAUGGGUUGGAAUCUCAUCUCUCCUCUUGUUAGAUGUAUUUUCAUGUAUAAAGAAGAAGAUGAUAAGCGAGAGCACUGCCUGAGGAUACUAGAUCAGUUGGCACAGCUGUGCAAUCCAAAGGAACUGUUUUUGGGUUUACUUGAGCAAAUUGAGCAGACCUCUGGAGAUCAAGUGUGUCAAACUGUCAUGUUAUUGCUUCAGCCUUUGCAGACAGUGCUUUUGAAACUUCAGAACAAGAAGGCCUACUCAGUGGGUUUGUCGUUGGCCAUGAUCAUGAAUCAGCUUACUCCCUUACCUGUACCGUACACAAAACAACAAAUACAAGAAGAUAAACUUGGUCUUUGUCAAUGUUGUAAUGCAGUGGUGGACUUUGCUAAACCCUUUGUGAAUGAAGUUGUUAAAAAUACGGAGAAGUCAUCAGAAUAUGAUGACAUGGAGCUGAAAGAAGAAUUAUUAAAAUUCUGUAUGAAAAGCCUGAAAUACCCAUUAUUGACAGCUCAGCUUGAACAACUUGAAGGCAUUGAAGAACAUCCUUUUCGGCAUUUUGCAACUGAAAUUAUAAACAUUUUGUGGAAUAUAAGAGAAUUGAUACCAUUAGUGUUUUUACAUCAUAAAGGCAAAAGUCCACGCUGGGAGAAUCAGGAGUUUGCAGACAUAGAGCGAAAGAAUUCUGCCGAUUCUUUGGCAUGUCUGUCAUAUCUGAUGUUUGUUCAGCAUUUUGGUAUCGAAUGCUUUCCGGUGGUUUUUAGCCCAUCAUACCUUCUGCUAUGCAAUAUGACACAUAUUGAAGUGCUACUGAAAAGAACAGAAGAAUCUAUGUUAUCUAAAGGACUUGAUCUGUUUGAGAGCAGUUUAUUGAGAAUGGAAGAUAACAGCCUUCUCCAUGACUAUUUAGAAUUCAGAGAUUUUAUUAAUGUACCUCAGGAUUUGGUGAAAAUUAUGACCCUUUGUCCCAUGGAGCAUCUGAGAAAGAAGAGUUUAAGUAUUUUGCAGUUGUUCAUAGACAAGUUUGACACUGAGGGAAAAUAUACAUUAUUCAGGUGUUUACUGAAGACAAGCAACCAUGCUGGUGUGGAAGGAUAUAUUAUUAAAAAUAUAAAAGAUCAGAUUCACUUAUCGUUAACGAAGGAGUAUGAUAACAUGUGGUUUACAGGACAUCAUCUGAUCUCCCUUCUAGAUUUAGUACUUUCGCUUCCAGAAGGUGCUGAGACAGAUCUUCUGCAAAACUCAGACAGGAUUAUGGCAUCGCUAAAUCUGCUGAGAUACUUAGUCAUUAAGGAUUGUGAAAGUGAUAAUCAAACUGGUGUAUGGACCACACUCACCAAGAUCGAGCAGAAUUUUUUAAAACCACUGCGUGUAGGACUCAAUAUGUCAAAAGCACAUUAUGAAGCAGAAAUAAAAAAUAAGAAAGAAAACAGAAAAGAGGCCCACAGUUCUAACACAGUUUGUUCUGUAACUGUUAGUGGGGAAAAGAUGCCUGCCAUGACUACUGGAAUGCAGCUUCAGGUUUUACACUCGGCGCUCUUCACAUUUGAUUUGAUAGAAAGUGUUCUAGCUCGAGUAGAAGAACUCAUUGAAGUGAAAAUAAAAGCUGUAAUGGAUGAAAAUAGUUAGGUGACUUGUAGUUUGAAAGAACGUGGCACAAGUUUCAACCCCACCAAUGCAGAAGCUCAGUCAGUGCUUUACAUACAACAGAAGAAUUCCAAGAUACCAGGUAGUAAAAAAGCAAAUGCAUUUCAAAUAUAAUUGUGCCUUGUCAACAUGAAUUUGAUAUUGCUUACAAUGAUAAAACUAUUUUUAUUUUAAUAAGAUUACUGACUUGCCAAAUGGAAUACAGUUCCAAAACAUUGCAUUUUAGUGAUCAACAGAUGCACAAAUUCUGUUGUACGUAACCAAAAUCUAGAUUGAGAAAUUAGCCUUGCCAUCAGCUGAAUAACAGGUUCUUGCUGAAUGGUGGCACUUUUAAGACCUCUCAUGAAAAUUUAUGGCAUUUUCACAAACAGGUAAUAGAUUUCUUACAUUUCAUCCCAUACACUCUGCUAUUCAUCAACAUUUGGCAGUAUGCCUGGGAUUUAAUGAAACUGGUGUUCGUUUCAAGGAGGUAAAGAUCAAAGACUUCAUUACAAAAGUCACUUCUUGAGUGCCAGUCAGCUGCAGUUAGGGCUACUGUACCUACCAGAAAAUAGUCCUGACUACAAGCAUGGAGCACAGUCUGAUCACUGUUGUCAGCAGGUGUGUACAGAAAUAUGCAAGUUUUCAGGCUUCAUUAGAAAUCACAGAAGUUUUAAACAAACCAGUUUUAAUGUCCAGUUUAUACUUUUGGUAUAAAAUAACACUAUUUCAAUUGUUCUAGCUCUGUAUAAUAGACACUGUUCCAAGUAAGCAGAUUUUAAAAGCUGGUAAAUAAUCUGCACUUGCCAAUAAAGCCUUUUCUAAUUAA